UGCUGCUGCUGCUGCUGCUGCUGCUGCUGUUGUCGAUCCAUCGUCAGUCCGUACCGGUAUUACCAUGGUGUUGGUAACUCCGGCUCCUGCCUCGGAGGAGCAGAUGGGUCCGGAUGGCAAGACAACCAAGAUCACCACCAUUGAAAGCAAAAAAUCGGGUAGCGGCGCGGAACGUCGUUUGGUGGAGUAUUUUGUGGUGAUCAGUUCGGUCCCUCAAAAGGUCGAGAACAGCUUCGGUGAAGACAAAGACAAACCCGAUUCCACCCGAAAUGUCAAUGCUACCGCUCCCACUGACUGGAAGGUCAAUAUAGCCUUUGAAAAGGAAGAAGACGAAUAUGUGGCUUGCUAUGACAUCAAGCCCAUCAUCACGGCUCGUUUUCCCGUCCAAGAUCACCGCGACAAUCCUCUCCAUGAAAAUGUCACCUUCUUUUGCCAUCCUUCAGGAGGGAUUCGAAUUUGUAUGGAACCAAACAUGCCCAAGGUCCACUUCUUUUGUGCCACUGGAGGACAUGGCGCUCAAAUGUACGGAACCUGCUUCACUGUCUGGGAACCCACAACAAUAUCCGCUGAAAAAGCUGUCAAAGAUGCUCAAGGAAAUAUCAAUGGUACCACUGGAGCACCAAUUCAGCAAGAAGUAUACUUGCCUAAAUGCUUGGUCAUCUUGAGUUCCUACCCGUAUCUCAUGGCAUUCAGAGAAUACCUGACACAGUUGAAUCGGCUCUCCAAAUUGGGAGAAAUGACGCUACCCCUAGAGCGAUACAUCAUCAACUUCUGUUCCGAAAUACCGGCUCCACCCCCAGGAUCUUUUGAAGUACAAAUCACCAUUCUAGACAGUGUCAUCAAAUUCUGGAGCCCACCGCACAACCAACCCAUCGCAUGGGUCAGCUUGCCAUUUGCACAUCUCUUUGAAUGCUUGGACAUUGACAACAUUGUUUUGGUCUGGCAUUGCCUCGUCCUCGAACGACAGGUCCUUUUGACGUCCACACAGUUGUCCAUCUUGACUGUGGCAGCUGAAGUAUUUCUCAGCUUGCUAUUCCCCAUGAAAUGGUCUCAUGCGUACAUUCCCGUAUUGCCGCAUUUCUUGAUCCCCAUUCUAUCCGCUCCCAUGCCCUUUCUUUGCGGAAUCAACAAGGCAAAUUUGGCCGAUGCUCUAUACGAUCUCAGCAGUGAAUGUGUCUUGGUCGAUCUCGACAAAAACUUGGUCACCUUGGGACCCGACACGGAACCGCUGCCGCCCAUCCCACCCGGCCAACUGGCCACUCUCAAGAAUCAACUCGAGGAAAACGUCGGAAUGGUUUUUCGGGAAGCACGCUGCUUGACCAAAAAUGAUGAUUAUUCCGAUAGUGGAGCUCAUUUGCCCAAUCACAUCAAAUUGAUGGCGGAGGGAAUGUGGGAGAGUAAGCUCUGCCUCUAUGAUGAAGCCUUUCAUCUCCUCUUCACUCCUGAAGAAGCCAGAAAGAACCUUCUAAAUGGAAAUGAUAAUUCCGGAAUGGACUAUUCCGAUCGCGACAUUAAUGAUCCCAUGCGCAACAUGGUGGUUUCAGGCGGUUCCAAUUCUUCAAAGGACAAUUCGUCCAUGCGAAAGCAGUCUCAGUGGGAUGCUGUCCAAGAAGCCUUCUUGGACACCUUUGUCUUUUUGCUCCGCAAUUUCCGAAAGUACCUGGUGUUUCCAAGCAAGCAUAACGAAGGUAGCUACGGUGGUGCUGGAUUCCGCAGCAAGGAAUUCAUCGAGUCGCAGCGUUUUGACAUGCGAGAGUUCUUGGAACAGUUGAUUGGAACUCAAAUGUUCGACAACUUCAUCACCAAGAGGUUGUACGGAAGUGGCGAGGCCGAUGUGGCUUUCUUUGAUACCGCAGUCGACCGCUUUUUGAAAACAGCGGGAUAUCUUAGUGAUGUGGAUAUCACCGGACGCCUCAUGCAUGCUGGCGGUGUUGUCGCGAGUAGUGUGACGUCCAAAACCGGCUCCCUCACAAGCGGCGCUGGUGGGACACCCGAGAAAAGGUCGGUUACUAAGCCUCCUCAGGCUCCACUCAGCAAACUUCGAAAUGCCGUGUCUUCGAAACCAAAGGAUCCUAUCCUGCAAUCAGCCCGAGUUCACCGCCGGCUCAAGACUAUUGUCCCCCCUGAGCCUAGUGGUGAAGGUUUGCCACCGCACAGCCCACCUGGAGACGAGAACGAUGGUGUCAACGUUCCAAGCAGCGUUGCUGUCACCUCCAAGGAUAACGACACUUCUCUUGAUGAUGCGGGAAGUGUCGACUCGACAAGCUCUGUUAGCGAAACGGGCGGAACGAGUAAUCCCAACGCUGGAACAAGCAAUUACAAGAGUGUGCAAGAUAAGGCGGCUGAAAUCAUGGAGAAACAGAAGAAGAUGAGGUACACCUACAGUACAUUCCCAUCUGAAUUCAACGAAGCGUUGUUUGGAAACCCUCGUCCUCUUCCUUCUGCUGUUAUCUCCGAGUUUGAUCGCCAGCGCAAGGAUGCAGCGAAGUUCUCUCGUUCAAAGAAGAGCAGGCAGUCCAAAGACAAAAGCCGGCACAUUCAUCGGGCGCAUACUACGACAGAAACGGUGGACCCACCGUCACCAGAGGUCGCUACUUUUACUGUGUUUUUCAUGGCUUUUACCUCGAUGGUCGGGAAAGAACUUAUGGAACUUGACCACAAUCCUUCCGAACCCGAGAAGACUAUCUUGUCCACUUACGUGCCAAUGUCGAACCCCAUGGCUGAGCAAAGUGAUGACGAUAUUUCCACCAACACAGGAAUGACUUCAACCCAGGAAGAUGCCGAGGAGAAGGAGGGAAUUGCUGAUUUGAAAGCAACAAGACCAGACAUGAAUGGUAUGUUCGGCGAUGACGACGACGAGGCCGCGGGAGCAAAGGACGGGGCACCCAGUCAGGCGGCGGCACCAGCCACGGCCCCUGUCACAGUUGACAAGGAUGACGAAGAGAAGAAGUCUGGUGACGACGAUGACGACGACAAAGCAGCCAUUUUCCGAGAAGGAGACGACGAAGCGAAAUCCCCUGAUAUCGAACAAAACAAGUCAGAAGACAGCGCUGACAGCAAGCCCAAGCUACGGUUCAAGGAAAACCUCUCCGCAAGUCAGAUUGAAGAGGCCAAGGCAACCGGUAGGGCCCAACUCGGAUUGGCGUUUGAAAUGCUCACCAUGAUGAAGAAGCGAGCCCUGAAAGCCGACCCUGAUGCCUACCAGUGCUUGAUUGAUGCGUGUGGGAGAGUAGGUGAUACGAAGCGAGCCACCGAAUUGCUGGCCAAGAUGCACGAGGACGGGAUUGUCGCUGAUGGCACGGUCUAUGCGUGUCUGGUAUCCGCCUUCUCAGCAGAAAGUGCAUGGAAGAAGAACUCGGAAAAGGAGGAGGACCUGCCCGCCUGGGCAAAUAGUACAUCCAUUGAGAUGGAUUGGAACAAGCUUCAAAAGCGGUCUUUGUUGGAUCGAUUGACUGGUUUCAUCGAUGACGACGAUGAAGACGACGCUGAUCGCGAGGAAGGAGGCAAUGUGAGCAGCAUCGGUAAGAUUCGACAAUUGAUCAAUCGAAGACGGAAGAAGAAGUCAGAGAGCACGAACUCCCGCCCAGAAGAGAGUCGAAUGGAGUUCUUUGUGACUGAAGCUGUUGAGAGACAAAUUGCCUUGGGAGAGAACCUUUUGGAGAUUGUAUUCCCCGACAUCUCAGUCGACACCGAGAACGAGACUUGUCCUCGAUGCAAUUUCCUCUUGUCCGAUGACGAUGUGGUCGGUGGUUGGACUGCCGGAGAUGAGAAUGAUUACACAACAUCAUGCCCUAGCUGUACCCAGCGCUUCGUGCCACACUUUUGUGUUCAGAGCACCUCUCAAACCUUCAUGGGAUCUCGUGGUCCUGCAUCUCCGCUCAUGUGCGAGCGCUUGUCACCUUGGGUUCUCCAGAAGGAGAUUCGGUCGGUAAUGAACGAGCUAGAAGGCAUCGAAAACUUGUUGAGUCCAGAAUGGCGUGAACAGGCCUACAAGAACGGUGUCUUGUGGUGGAAUCUAGUGUUGUCCUGCAUGCGUUACCGAUUUCCGUUCUCCUUCCUGUUGCAGGGAAGCUUUGAACAGAACUUGAUUGCCCCAAUGCCGGGUGACGAGUGAGGUGGAAAUGUGUGCGAUUGGGUACGGUCUGGACAUUGAACCGAGAGAGCAGUGAUUGAGAUCGUCUCCGUUGAUGAUUAUAGAUAUUAAAAUUAAAGAAGCCAGUACA